AGUGACCUGUACAUAUUCGCUUGGAAAGCUAUCCCUACGUGGCCCUUCCGUUGCGCUACUGGGCAUAACGUUUCAGAGGUACAUAAAGGGUUAACUCCAGAUUUAGCUUCCAAACUUUUUGAUGAAAGAAGAUUGAUCACAUUUUCAUAUUACUAGUAGAAUUUUCUAUUCAUUAUAUAUAUAUAAUUUAACCAUUUGUUAAACAGCGAAAAAGGGACGCAUGUCGGUGUCAGUUGAGAGGGAAAAGGGUCAGGAUAUUCGUUCUGUUUCCACGGUAAUCAAUGGAAAUAGUCUUCUGAGGUCUCGAAUUGGAAAUAAGUCCGACCAUUCCGAACCUCCCAGCGCUAAGCUAGAGUCCUUUCCAGUGACCGAUAAGGUGGCAGAUGACCGCAAUCAAGAGGAUAUGGUGAACUCACCCACUUAUAAAGAUCAUGCUCGGUCACCCUACAACGGUGACCCCAACCUGCCGCUUUAUCGAAUAGAGCAUAUUCCAUUAUAUCUACGUGAUAACGAAUAUAUUAUAACAGGCUAUCGAUCCUACUACAAUACCAAAAUGUGUUUGUUGAGCAUGUUCAGACUCCACAAUGAAACGUUCAAUAUAUGGACUCACCUCGCUGGUGCAUUGAUUUUUGUUGUCUUAAUCGUAUAUUUAUUUUGGUCCCUUUUGAUUCCAGAUUACCUUUCCAAGAGCUCCUUUCACACUGUAACGACCCCUUACGGCAAUGAUAAGCCAAUCCACUCGUGUGAAAAGAGAAGUGUAUUGCCGUUCGUCAUUUUUGGUUUUUACUCUUUCGGGUGUCUUAUAUGUAUGGUAUGCAGUACCUGUUACCAUACCUUUAUAGGACAUAUUAGUGAGAAAAUAUAUAACUGGGCACACAUGUGUGACUACUUUGGUAUUACGUUUCUUGUUGUUGGCUCUUUUGUACCUUUUUGUUACUACGUCUUUUCACGCAACCCAUUUUGGCGCAAUGUGUACCUCGGAAUGAUUUUUAGCUUUGGUGUUGUUGGAUUGUUCGGUCCUUUUUUCCGACAAUGGACCUCUGCAGCCUUUGCAAGCAAAAAGAUUAUGUUCUACGUGUGUAUGGUCAGCUCUGGGAUGUUUCCAAUUCUUCAUAUCGCAUUCCUUCUUCCAAAAGAUAUUGGCUCUCCAUAUUUGACGGGACUGUUAAUGAUGAUGGCUUUAUAUGGCAUUGGUGUCUUCUUUUAUAUUUUCAAACUACCGGAGGUUUUCUAUCCUGGAAAAUUUGAUUUCUAUUUCUCUAGUCAUCAAAUUUGGCAUGUAUUUGUACUCGCCGCGGCCCUGACACAUUUUUUCAAUUGCAUUCGAAUGUAUGCUGAUGUGGGAAAGACAAUGUGCGUGAUCAACAACGUGCAAUGGCGUUAG